AUGGUCGAAAUACGACAAGCCGUCUGCUUAAUCUGUGCUAGCCGUCUCGAGGAGGGCAAGUCUCUUUACCACUACCCAGACGGUUCCGAAAGGCAGGUUCAGUAUUUUCAACGGAGGGAACCUUUGAAGUGGAGGGAAGAUCAUAUUCUCCUCUGCGGACAAACAUGGCCAAAGUGGGCAAAAGGCCCCCGAUCAAUGAGCAUCCCUGACGAGAAUGUCACUGUCCACAAAGCUCAUGUAACUCCCUGCAAAUACGCUACAAUCUCGAGUGGUCCGAAGUUCCUCAUUCAGCAACAACCAGAAGUCGAUAGUCCGUGGUGGUAUCUCCCUGUUCAUGCUGCUUGCUACACCAUGGCAAGGAAAGCUAUGGUAGCACCUGGAAGUAAAAUCACAAGCCUGGGAGAUCUAUGGAUGACACUAGAGAGACGAUGUCAGCAGACAAUGCCUGGCGGGCUGCCUCGUUGGUUAUGUCUUCCCCGUGUUCCGAACAACAGACCAGGAGAGCCUAUCGAGUUGGGAUUCGGGCGUUACUACACUCCUCCAAAAGUAGAGCAGUCUAUCCCGAUGGCUAUUGUUAAUGAUUGCGGAUGGUGGAUUUUGGACCCUCUCAAAAUCCGGAACUUUACCAAGUCACUCAUGUUAACCCUCGAGCGAGCAAAACCUCCAUUAGUUGACGAAGGAUUCAGUAACAGAUUCGACUCUCUACCCCCCGAAAUCAGAAACAUCAUCAUUGACGACCUCAUCGCUUACAUCCUGACAGAAGGCGGCAGCUCUCAAGAAUGUACCUAUCUCAUCUCGCAAUACCGCUGGAAACAAGCCUUUAUUCAGAUCCCCUUUUUAUGGGAUCUCGAAAACGAAAUCGUCGAGCGGAAAGACCAAGAAGCUACAACCGGACUAUUCGAGUGGAACUGGGAGAAGCUUGCGAGGGUGAUCUUGUCAGAGUUUCCUAUCUUUCAAGGGGGCGAAGACUGUAAUUACGAGCUCUAUAGUUACGAGCUCUACAGUCGAUCGGGACAUGACACAUCUGGCCUACCUAUUGUUCCGCGGGCGUUUGCCAAUAGAAGGCGAAUUUGGCAGAUUUUAACGGAUAUGUACCCUAAUGACGUAGGGCUGGUUCACCGUAAAGGCGAGGAAGAUGAAUACUCUGAAAGUCAAGGCAGACUACAGGAGUAA